AUGUCCUAUCAAACGAGCUCUCCCACGGCCCAGCCGUCAUUCGGACAGAUGACUGAGCCACCGCAGACACUCAAGAUCCUCGUCAUUGGUGCAUCAAGCGUCGGCAAGUCGUCCCUCCUUCUGCGAUUCACGGAUGAGACGUUCCUUUCGCCCGACGAGACUUCUGCUACGAUUGGCGUCGACUUCAAGGUCAAGGUGAUCGAGCGGAAGAACAAGAGGUGGAAGUUGUCUAUCUGGGUGAGGGAGCGCUUCCACCUUGCCGUUGUACUUCUGCGCUGCGACACGGCUGGCCAGGAGCGGUUCCGCACUUUGACAAGCUCGUACUACCGCGGCGCGCAAGGCGUCAUUCUGGUCUACGACAUCACCGCGCGCGAUACGUUCGAGUCCCUCUCGUCGUGGAUCAACGAGCUCGAUACGUUUGCGGGGACGGGACCGGCCAGUAGGGAGGUUGUGAGGAUGAUUGUCGGGAACAAGGUGGACAAGGAAUUCUCCCGCACCGUCUCCACCGCAGAAGGCCAAGCGUUCGCCGCCUCGCGCGACCCGCCUUGGAUGUUCAUGGAGUGCUCGGCGAAGAAGGGCGGAGACGAUGUCAGCGGCGACGAUGGGAUCUUUGGAAAGGUCGUGGAUAAGAUCAUCGCGACGCCCUCGCUGUACACCAAGAUCGCGCCUUCGACGACAUCUUCCUCCGCAAAGCGACAACAAGGCGGAGGCCCACCAGGCCAGUACCCCGGGCGCAACGGCGGCACCGUCAACCUUGAUGAGGAGAUGCAGGGCGGCAGCGGGUGGUGCUCGUGCUGA